AUGCCCGGUAAAUGGCGCUUGCCAGCAGAUCGGCGCCACCGUCAGGGUCGUUGUUUUGCGCGACACCACACUCGCGGGCGUUUCACGCCUCGCCAGCUGCGCAACGCUGUACGUCUGCGCGCGUACCUGUUGCGCGGCGACCCUGACUUCCACGCGCGCAUCAUCGACCGUGACGUGUUCGCGCCCGCGCUUGUGGGGUCUGGCGCCCAAGCCGGCCACGACUCCUCCCGCAGCGCUGUCGUGCAGACCGGAAUCCUAGAGCACGCCAGCGAAGACCUCAUUGGUGACCUUGAGAAGACACUCAAGGUCCGCGCACUUCAGGCGCGGUAA